AUGGUCCCAAGGACUGUUCCGAGGCCGUUUGGCCUGAAAACUUCAAGUCUUGUUCAUUAUCGCUUAUUCGGUACCGUUGUUACAACGCCCAUAUCACCCGUAUCCCAACAACAAACACCACUACAAACCCCAAUCUCGAGUUCUUCAUUCGACAAUGCCAUCAAUGCCACGGGUCCGAGGACAACGUGGACGAGGGAACAGAUCGCUGAGAUCUACAACAAGCCGCUAAUUGAUCUUACAUUCGCUGCUGCUUCUGUCCAUCGUCGUUUCCAUAAUCCUGCCGCGAUCCAGAUGUGCACUUUAAUGAACAUCAAAACUGGGGGUUGCAGCGAAGACUGUAGCUACUGUGCCCAAUCAUCUCGGUACAACACUGGCCUCAAAGCCACCAAGAUAGUGGAUGUCGAAUCCGUGCUAGAAGCUGCCAGAGUCGCCAAAGAGAAUGGUAGCUCUCGUUUCUGUAUGGGCGCUGCCUGGCGCGACAUGCGUGGUCGAAAAACGAAUCUCAAGAACAUCAAGGAGAUGGUCAAGGGUGUACGAUCUCUGGGGAUGGAAGCUUGCGUCACACUCGGCAUGAUCAAUGCUGAGCAAGCAAAGGAGCUCAAAGAUGCCGGUCUAACGGCCUAUAACCACAACCUGGACACGUCAAGAGAGCACUAUCCCAGUGUCAUCACCACUCGGUCCUAUGAUGAACGCCUGGCUACAAUCGGCAACGUUCAGAACGCUGGAAUCCACGUCUGUACUGGCGGCAUUCUCGGGUUAGGUGAAAAGCCCGAAGACCAUGUUGGUCUCAUUCACACCGUGGCAACUCUACCAGCUCAUCCGGAGUCAUUUCCUGUGAACGCACUUGUACCUAUUAAAGGAACACCCCUUGGCGAAAGCCAGGCUAUCUCAUUCGACACCAUCCUUCGUACCAUUAGUACCGCUCGUCUUGUCUUGCCGACCACCAUCAUUCGCCUCGCCGCCGGUAGGCACACCAUGCGCGAAGAGAAGCAAAUGAUGUGUUUUAUGGCCGGGGCUAACGCUGUCUUCACUGGCGAGAAAAUGUUGACGACUGCGUGUAAUGGCUGGGAGGAAGAUAAGGCAAUGUUUGAAAAAUGGGGAUUAAGACCUAUGGAGAGCCAUGAAACCGUUGGAGGACAGCAGGAGCUUUCACGGGAGCAGGGGGGUGGCGUACAAAAUGAGCCGGAAUUUGCGUUGGGGAGUACGGAAUCCCCUAGGCCGUCUCAGGCUGCAAGUGCUACGAUCCUAUAG